UCCACUCUCUCGCACCAUCGACACUACCACUCUCUCUUUCUCGCGUACACACGCAAAAGACUAACGCGCCUAAAUUUUCUCUCUUAUCCAAACACCCCCUCAAAAUCUCCCAUCUCUCUCUGUCUCUAGCAAUUCCGCCAUCAAUGGCAAGGUCGUCGAUUUCUCAAACCCUUACCCUAACCCGCCACCUCUCGCCCAAAUCAUCGCCGUCCUCCUCCCGCCUCAUAACCCUGCGCGCCCAAUCCACCCUCCCUUUUCACCAUGAUCCACCAACCGACUCCUCCGCCGACUCGCCUUCUGAUCCCCUUCUGCGCAAGCUCGAGGACGCCAUCCACCGGAUCAUCGUCCGCCGAUCCGCGCCCGAUUGGCUCCCUUUUUUGCCCGGCGCUUCCUACUGGGUCCCUCCUCCACGGUCGAGAUCGCACGGCCUGGCUCAGCUGGUCGAUAAGUUGGCCAACCCUUUGAGUGAGGAAGAGACCAUGUCUAUGAGCACCGUUAGAGGGUGGCCUUCUUCUGCUUAUUUUAUCGAAGGUACAUCUCCACAACUGAUGGAGCCUGUGGUUGUGGUUCAGAGUUCUGAUGAUGUGUCCAAUCCCCAACCAACGGAGACCGUGGAUCAAAUUUCUAACAAUGUGUCCAAGUCCGAGGAUGAGGAGGGAUGAACCAUGUAGUUCUCAUCAGUGACAUCUGAGGCUCAUCUAGUCAUGUAAAUUGUUAUGUAGGACGGCAAUAGAUACAUUGAUGAAGGGCAUUUCGUCAAGGUCAAGAGCUCUACAGAUGCAAACUGGUUAGCGAGGUAGAGUGACUUCUAUCCAAGUUCAAGAUUACAACCGAAAAGGAGUUGCAUGUAAUUAUUCAUCAAGUAUAUAUAGUUGAUCAUUGUAGUUUGUUUUCAGUUGAAUUGUGUGUUAUUUGUACCUACGCCCGCAUGGUUAAUUUGCUCAAUUCGAGUUUUAACAUCAACAUUUCAGUUUUUAUCAGGAUGUCCAUGUAAAUAUACCAAGAGGUACAUCAACCUUUUGUUCA